GUCAAUUCAUAUUUGCCGAGUUUAGUGAGUAGCGAUCAGUUUGUGCGUGAAAUUUGUGUCGAAUGCGUGUUGUCACGUUUGUCUAGAUCAACUGUUGAAUUAGCCACCAUCCAUCACUCCGAGUUAAAAUCGAUAGUCGCCAGCAUUCCGCUAUAUCCACAACUUACAACUGACUAGAUUCCCUCGGUUGUCACCCGAAGGUUAUGUAAUUUAAUUAAAACUCGCCGCGCACCGGAGUCUGAGCUGUGAUUUUGUGAAAUUUCCUCCCCAACAAGCCAGCACACAACGCAGGAACCAUGCUCAACACAAUCCUCGACAGCAAGCUGGACAGCUUCGUCAUCAGCACGGGGAACGUGUUGAACGUCAACAAAAAGGCCGGCCAGAAGCCCACCGAAGAGCUAAUCGAUUGUCUCGCAGUAACAAUGACUGAAUCCAUUUUCAAUGAAAAAGAAAAACAACUACAACGAGCACAUAACGAACUCGCCGAAAAAAUAGAUGAACACGGUCGUGAUGAUAUUAAAGUUGGAGUAAAAAUUUUCCUAAAUAAUGAUUCCGUUGAGUACCUGAACGAAGCUGUGAUUGCAACUUUAAAAGUUUUGAAUCUUGAAUGUUUGGACAAUGUCAUAUUGGCCUAUCAUCCUUGCUCCAAAUCGGGACAUACUGCAAACGGAGUGGUCGAUGAAGCGAUUAAAAAUGAUAAUUUUGAAUGGGGCGCAAAUAAUGGUGAUGCGAUUAAUAAUUUGAAGGAAUUGUGGACGCAUUUAGAGAAGUUUGCUAAGAGCAAGAAGAUUUGCCAGUUAGGAAUUGCGGACUUGGACGUUGAUUCGUUGAAGGAGCUGCAUCAGAGUGCCGUUGUCCCACCGUCGGUUGCACAAAUCAAUCUCUCGGCUUGUUGUGUUGUGCCACCGCCUCUCCAACAGUUUUGCACCGCAAAUGAUAUUCCAUUGCUUACGCAUAGUGAUCCGAAUGUUAUCCUACCGAAGGACGCUCUAGAGAAAACACUUGGCCUAAAGGACUACGACGUUGCCUGGACUGCACGCUACCAAGUUCAUGUCAAAUGUCGAGGUUUACUUAUCGUAAAAGGCUUCAUAGUAGGCGCUAAACGGAAAUAAAUUGGUCAUCAACGGAACACUGGAACAUGAAAGGACUAAACGAACAAGGGAAUCGAAAGUGUGGAUUUCUAUAUAGACGAGCACUUGAUAACAAAACGGUGAUAGAGGCGUGUGUUAGAAUUUACGUUGUAGCGGUGAAAUGUUUUGUAUUAAACACGCUUGAGGCGUGGUAUUGCUUUAUACGUAGAUACUAUUUACUAUUUUAUAUAUACUUAGACACCACAAGAGAGGUCACGCAGAGAGGAGUGGAAAAUAGGAAGCUCGUACGCUUUUUAAUUACAAAUUCCAGAAGUAUUUUAAUUUUGUGAGGAGGAGGGGUAAGAGGAGUUGACAAUCGCAAUUGGAUCAAAUUCCUAUUUUAUUAUAUUACUGUUAAUUUUUGAUAUUGUCACUUCCGAGUUGUUUGUUAUGAUUGCUACAGAAUAAUGACGAUAAGAGUAGUGGGAUAUGUAUCGCGUAUUUAAUUUAGUACGAUGGCGAUGAUGGGCAAUAUAAUGUGGUUAGAUUCUUGUUGUUUCAUUUGCUUUUACUUAUAGUAUUGUACUUCAUUUUAUACAUAUAUACAUAAUAUAUACAUCGUAGUUGUAUUUACGUUUAUUUUAUUUAUACGCAAUGUGAAUCUAUAGAGAAAUAUAUAUUUUAUAUUACCCUAUGAA